UGUUGUGAGUACAAGUGUGUAGUGUACCUGUCUGUCUGAUGCCCUCAGCCCAGGGCACCUUUGCUCUCCAGCCCAGCUGCUGCAGCUUUUCACAUGUGAUGGGGUAUCGUAGGUCAACCUGUGGCCUGUCAAAUAGCAGGUCUGUUGCAGCAACAGCAGAGGCUGCUCCCUGUAUUGGCUGAGUUGCAUCUUUGGGAUGAUUUAGGAGAGACAGCUGCUACAUACAAGGGAUCUGACCAGGAACUCUGCUGCUGCUUUGGUGGCAGAGUAUGGAUUUGAAGGCCUCACUGGGCUACUCUCAUCAAACACCUACACAAAAAGUCCAGUCUUGGCCGCCGUGCUGCUGGCUUUUGGUGCUUCAGGAAAAACAGUGACAGGGAUUUUCAAAAGCGAAAUGGCAAGGCAGCAGAAAGGUCAAUUCAUCACCAAAUUUAUGUACCAAGGAGGUUUGUUUGUGUGUCGAGUGGACAACUAUGCCCUGGCCGCUGAGAAAGAGGCCAGACUACUGCUGUACCAGGACAUGGACUCAAAUCUGGACAACCUCAGCUGCACUGAAAGGCUCGCCAGGGCCAGUUUUACAGUCUCCCUUAAUAAAGAAGAGCACAAUCAGACAAUCCCUAAGCAGACGUCCCCAACGGUUUGGCAGGCAAUUUACAUUGACAGAUUUACAUGUCAGAAAAGUGCGGUCAUCCCUUCUUUCGCUGAUCUCAGUUUUACAGUGCUGCUGCUAAACACUGACUCAGCUGGCAAUCCUUUGGAACACUUCAGUGCAGAGAAGGCAGGUCUCUACAGUUUUUACUUCCUUCUGUUGCUGGCCUACUUCAUAGCAUGCUGUAUUUACAUUCAGCCACUGCACCAUGCAUUAAAAAAAGGAGGUCCCAUGCAUACUGUCUUCAAAGUGCUGACUGCAGCACUGGCAUUACAGGGAGUCUCCGCUCUCUGUAACUACAUCCACCUGUCCAGGUAUUCUGGAGAUGGGGUUGGGAUUCCACUGAUGGGCAAUUUGGCAGAGUUCUGGGACAUGGUGUCCCAGGUGUCCAUGCUGUAUAUGUUACUGAGUCUGUGUGUAGGCUGGACUCUGAGCCGAGGCAGGAAGCCUCAGUUCCGCCCACUACAAUGGGAGCAUACUCCAGCCUCCACAGCUGUUGCUGUAGGUGGUGUCUUCAUACAGGGGAUUUUGCUGUUGUGGGAGCAGUAUUCUGAGUUGGAAAAUGAACAUCACAGCUACCACGCCCAGCAGAAUUUAGCAGGUGUAUUACUCAUUUUCUUGAGAGUGGGUCUGGCUCUGCUGCUUGCCUCCAUUCUUUACCAGAUCCUCUCCACAGAAAGAAGCACUUUGAAGAGAGACUUCUACCUCAGCUUUGCGAAGGGAUGUUUCCUGUGGUUUCUGUGUCACCCUGUUCUUCUCCUCUUGUCAGUUGUCUUCAGUGAGCACCAAAGAGAAAAGUUGGUGACCAUCGGUGUUGUCCUGUGUCAGUCCAUCUCCAUGGUGAUACUCUACCAGCUCUUUCUGUCUCGUUCUCUCUACUGGGAGGUCUCCUCUCUUUCAUCUGUGUCGUUGCCACUUACUAUGUCCAGGGUGAACCAGAGGAGGCACUACUGAGCACAAUCAUUGUCACAGGAGUCAAGCUUCUCCCCUGUAAAAAUCCGACUUGAGUCCAGAGGAAAGACUCUUCCUGAGGACAUAUUGUGAAAAUUACAUCUGCAUCCAGUUUUAAAAUAAUCCUUAGAGAAAUGAUCAUACCUGCUGGUCUUUCACUAACAAAGAAACACCACAUAGGUCUGAAAGGACAGAGGCUAGUCUCUACAACAACAACCUACCUCAAUUAAAAAGAAAGUCUUACUGAAAAUAUUUUAUUGAAGAACAGACAUCUUUACAUACUAUAUCCAAAGGAGAAUCUCCAAAGAGGAAUACAAGCAUGGAUAAAGAUGAGGUUAACUUCAAUAGUAGCUAUAAUGAUGAUCAGCUGUUUUGCCUAAUUGGGCUAAAAGCCUGUCAAGAUAUUUUACAACCUUAGAAUAAAAAAAAAACCCACAACCAUACAUUACAUUACAUUACACUACAUUACAUGUAGCAGAUGCUUUUAUCCAAAGUGAUUUACAGUUUGAGGAACAAGAGAAUUAAAAAUAUUCAUUUUCCAUCAAUAAAAUAUGUUACUAGAUUCGAGUAAAAAUUGGUAAAAAAUAUUCUUAAUAGUAUUGCGUUAUUGUAAAAUAAUGAACAAAAAUGAAAUUUUGGUCAAACCAAAAAGAAAAGAAACCAUGUGUUUCAUCUUGUGUGUUGCCGUUAAAAAACACAACUAUCAGUUCCAUCGCUUUUCUUUUCAAAAUAAUGUACUUCAUUUUGAUAAAACAGCUGUCAUAGUAGCAUAUUGGAAGCAUCAUAUCAAUAGGAAUCCAUCUCUCACUGUUGGGGAAAUAUUUUAGCUGCAAAGUGAUGACGAUAUGAUGCUUGGUUCUUUACUUUAAUAAUAAUAAUAAUAAUAAUAAUAAUAAUACAUUUUAUUUUAUAGGCACCUUUCUGACAUUCGAGGACAUUGUGGUAUCAUAGAAACCCUUUUUUUUAAAGUAACACCACUACAAAGUUUGCAGAAUAAACCAUGACAAAUGCAAGAUUCACUGUCAGUUUAUAAUGUCUGAAAAACCUAAGCCGGUCGGUGUUA